AUGGCGGAGGCUUCCUCCAUAAAGUCAACGAAGCGGCUGCAGCAGGUGGUGGAGCGGGUCUGUGCUGCACUACCAGGCUUGUUCAGAGAGCUACUGUGUGGUGGGGGUGUCUGUCCUGUUGGGAAGAGAGUGCAGCAUCUGUUUUCUUCUUGUUCUAGGCUGUUAGGGUUGUUUUCUGUCCUGGGUGGGUGGUGUACAGGCCUAGGGUUGGGGCUGACUCUGGACCUAUACGUUGGAGGGCCUAGGUAAAGCUUAGUCAACAGGUGAAGGGACUGCCUAGUAAAUUACCUGUUAGGGCAGGCAAAAAUGGCAAUGUGGAAGACCAGGAAACAUGAGAUGCAGGGGGUGGAGUGUACGGGCCCCAGAGCUGAGCUGCUGGGGAGGGCUCGGCUGACACUGGAGCAUGUAUAUGGAGGGCUGGUGAACCGUUUGGGGAUUUUGUAGUGGUGUGAGGCCUCAGGUGGGGUUGUGGACAAGGAGGGGGGGCUUGUUUCUAGGUCUGUUAAAAUUCACUCACUGGCCCAGCCUGGGACAAUUUAGACUUGUGAGUGUGAAAAACAAAAUACAGCACACUGGUGUCCUUGUAUGCCCCACAAUAUUUUAGUGGUUUUGGUCAACAAACCUUUGUCAGAGACUUGUGAGUGGUCAUAGUGCACUCAUGUCCGGUCAUAGCGCAAUGACUAAAUGUGCAUGUCACAUUUGAAUGAGUGGGUACUUCCUCACUGAAGAUAUAAAAUACUGAUGGAUGCUUUUCAGAAUGGACUUUAUCGUGCAUUUACAUCAGAAAGUGUUGUUAUAUGAUCAGAUUUGCAUCUACAACAGCUGACAACGUCAGAUUAACAUAUAGUGCAGAACAGUUGUCAUAUAACUGGCAGUAAGAACCCUUUAUGAGCACCUUUUAUUUUCUACAACAUAUGACUAGAUCUGGCAAAAAUCUAAAUAAAUUAUAUCUUGCCACUAAAAACACAUUCAGCAAGCCUUUUUUUGUGCCAGCGACACUGCAGAAUACAUUUUAAAAGUCAAAGUAGACAUCACAUUUCAAAGCAUUAUAUCUAUAGCAAAGUGCCUACCCUUGAUGCGGCUCUAACUCUCUGAAUGGGACGGGAGGUGUGCACGCAUGCAUGUCUACUGUAUGAACUACUCCAGUGUCACGUGUAGCCGCCUGGCUCCCAACCAACAGGCAAACAUACAUACUUCUCCACUUGCCCCACCCUUCUAUAGCAGUGUGCCCCGACCCCUCACACACAAUGCAGCAUUCAGCAAGCACCCUACUAUCAGCCCUCCUAAAAUAAGACCCUGACAUUUUCCAUCCCAGGACGGACGGACACCCAGCAAAAAAGGUGGUGAUAAAGCUGCAAUGGGUAAAUUGUUGAAAGACUCAGACAGACAAUAACUUGACGCUUAUCUUUUAGCAUUGCAUGCAAAGUAUUGACUUAUGCGUCACGUCUCCUAAUGCAUAUCUUUUUGCAAAAGCUUAUCAGACUGACUGACACAAAGGCUCUGCAUGGUCAAUCCGACGUCUGCAGUGGCCAUACAGCAUUACUGCGAUAUGGCCUCUGCAGAAGUCAGGGCAUUUAUACUUCUUGCACGUCGCUGAGCAGGACAGAGCUGUUGUGAAGGAAGUUACCAAGGAAGUCAGUUUGUGUUUAUACUGGACCACCCGCUCCCACCGUCAACCAAUCAUGUCAAUGCGGAGCGAUAUGCGGAGCGAUAUGCAGAGCGAUACGGAGCCCUCCGCAUUGUUACCAAAUUUUGGCGGCGUAAGGCACGGAGCUCAAUCUGGCCUCUGCAUGCCUCCGGAGGCUACGCAAUUGCGUCACACCCUCCAUACGGCGCCUCAGACCACAUUUUCGGAUCAAGCAUAAAUGGCUUUUAUCAGUUGACACAAGGCUGCACACACCUUUCUCUGUGGAUAACAGGCCAUGCCGUACAUGCAGGAAACAUUCAGACCUUUAGGGAAGAGGGGUGCACUGAUACCGUGUUGCUCACACCUCUCCACUGCCUAGAAGGCUAAGUGUCCAUUUGGAUUGGACAUCCCACUGCAUCAACAGGGAAUGCUUUCCUGCUAGGACUUCUGCCUGCCCAAACUGACACACAACACAUUUGCAAACACACACACACUCACACACCUGUGGCUCUGAUCCUCGUAGACCACUAAUUGGCUAUGGCAGACUACAGAGGUCUGCUCAGGAUAUUCAAGGCUAAAGAACCAGUGGGACCAGCCAGGUUGUGUCACAGGCUACAUCUUUCCCCUCUACACCAACACUAUAGCACAAACAGUCUGGGACAGGAAAAGCCUUGGGAACUGUUCUAAACGACUAUACUGUUAUUACAGAAACAUGGCAUUCCUUAAUGCACCCAACUGAAUAGAGCCGAUAGAAAGUCAGCAGUCACACACACACCAUGGUGUUAAAGGAUAAGCAGCCUAUUGACCUGGACAUAAGCCAGUAGGUUCCAAAUCAUUAUAUUACAAAAACACAUUAUAUUACAAAAACACAACCAUUAGGCUAAGCACUUCCCAAUCGAAAUGUACAACUAUUACUUCUCAUUGCAAACAUAAUGUUCCCGUCCAGCAAAGUAACCAGUGAUCUAAAGUUUAAAUGCAACAAAUGUUUCACACACACAAGUUAUUUUCAAAGAUAGCUAACAGCAAGGGAGUUGCAAUAACAACACAGUUCUACUCUCAAACUCUACGCGGCAUUCUACCUUCUCCCUACAGUUUUCAGCCAUUAGCUUUGCCCACGACUACCUCAUGUGAACUACAAUCCCAACAAUGUGUUAACGUUUGGCCCAUAUCUUUCAUCAACUAGAAAUAAUUAUUCAAAUAAGAAAGAAACUGCUACAGUAAGUGUUGCACAGAUCCAUACAGCUAUGGGUGCCUCCAUCCUACGAAACUACAUUUCUGCUACACUUCCUGAUUUAAAGCUUACACACAGGUGUUCGGCGCAUGUUAGUUAACUAAUUAGCACUUUGAGAUAUGGCCAUGUGGGAACAUUAACCCUAACAUGGUGUGUAUCUUUUUAUUUUUAUUAUCAUUUCUCGCUGAUAUGAAAGCUAAGGAGGUCCUUAUGCUUCCAAAACCGUACUGCAAGCAGCGUUCAGAUUUGAGCAUCAGGGCUCUUAACAAAACUCCCCUGCAUAGAAGAUGCCUUCUUCCAAUUACAUUUACAUUUUAGUCAUUUAGCAGACGCUCUUAUCCAGAGUGACUUACAGGAGCAAUUAGGGCUAAGUGCCUUGCUCAAGGGCACAUCGACAGAUUUUUCACCUAGUCGGCUCGGGGAUUAGAACCAGCGACCUUUCGGUUACUGGCACAACGCUCUUAACCACUAAGCUACCUGCCGUCCAAUGACUUACAGUGAGGGAAAAAAGUAUUUGAUCCCCUGCUGAUUUUGUACAUUUGCCCACUGACAAAGAAAUUAUCAGUCUAUAAUUUUUAUGGUAGGUUUAUUUGAACAGUGAGAGACAGAAUAAUAAUUUUAAAAAUCCAGAAAAACGCAUGUCAAAAAUAUUAUAAAUUGAUUUGCAUUUUAAUGAGGGAAAUAAGUAUUUGACCCCCUCUCAAUCAGAAAGAUUUCUGGCUCCCAGGUGUCUUUUAUACAGGUAACGAGCUGAGAUUAGGAGCACACUCUUAAAGGGAGUGCUCCUAAUCUCAGCUUGUUACCUGUAUAAAAGACACCUGUCCACAGAAGCAAUCAAUCAAUCCGAUUCCAAACUCUCCACCAUGGCCAAGACCAAAGAGCUCUCCAAGGAUGUCAGGGACAAGAUUGUAGACCUACACAAGGCUGGAAUGGGCUACAAGACCAUCGCCAAGCAGCUUGGUGAGAAGGUGACAACAGUUGGUGCGAUUAUUCGCAAAUGGAAGAAACACAAAAGACCUGUCAAUCUCCCUCGGCCUAGGGCUCCAUGUAAGAUCUCACCUCAUGGAGUUGCAAUGAUCAUGAGAAUGGUGAGGAAUCAGCCCAGAACUACACGGGAGGAUCUUGUCAAUGAUCUCAUGGCGGCACACUACGCCGUGAAGGACUGAAAUCCCGCAGCACCCGCAAGGUCCCCCUGCUCAAGAAAGCACAUAUACAGGCCCGUCUGAAGUUUGCCAAUGAACAUCUGAAUGAUUCAGAGGAGAACUGGGUGAAAGUGUUGUGGUCAGAUGAGACCAAAAUCGAGCUCUUUGGCAUCAACUCAACUCGCCGUGUUUGGAGGAGGAAUGCUGCCUAUGACCCCAAGAACACCAUUCCCACUGUCAAACAUGGAGGUGGAAACAUUACGCUUUGGGGGUGUUUUUCUUCUAAGGGGACAGGACAACUUCACCGUAUCAAAGGGAUGAUGGACGGUGCCAUGUACCGUCAGAUCUUGGGUGAGAACCUCCUUCCCUCAGCCAGGGCAUUGAAAAUGGGUCGUGGAUGGGUAUUCCAGCAUGACAAUGACCCAAAACACACGGCCAAGGCAACAAAGGAUGGGUAUUCCAGCAUGACAAUGACCCAAAACACACGGCCAAGGCAACAAAGGAGUGGCUCAAGAAGAAGCACAUUAAGGUCCUGGAGUGGCCUAGCCAGUCUCCAGACCUUAAUCCCAUAGAAAAUCUGUGGCGGGAGCUGAAGGUUCAAGUUGCCAAACGUCAGGCUCGAAACCUUAAUGACUCGGAGAAGAUCUGCAAAGAGGAGUGGGACAAAAUCCCUCCUGAGAUGUGUGCAAACCUGGUGGCCAACUACAAGAAACGUCUGACCUCUGUGAUUGCCAACAAGGGUUUUGCCACCAAGUACUAAGUCAUGUUUUGCAGAGGGGUCAAAUACGUAUUUCCCUCAUUAAAAUGCAAAUCCAUUUAUAACAUUUUUGACAUGCGUUUUUCUGGAUUUUUUUGUUGAUAUUCUGUCUCUCACUGUUCAAAUAAACCUACCAUUAAAAUAGACUGAUCAUGUCUUUGUCAGUGGGCAAACGUACAAAAUCAGCAGGGGAUCAAAUACUUUUUUCCCCUCACUGUAUGUGUAAUGUAAUGGAACUGAGCGUCAUGAGCAAGGGGUACCCCGUUCCCAGCAAUUUUGCCACCCUAGUUAAGAUCAAAAUGCACACAAAUGGCCUAAGAAUUCCAGAGAUUCUCACGUGACCCAUUAUAUUGGCUAUCAGUAAUAUUGAGCGAUAUCAGCCAAUAGGGUUGACAGUUUGAAAGUGCAGUUGGGGCAUAAUAUAGAGUCGACACUUACUUGAGCUACAUUUUGCAUAACUUUUAGGAGCAGGCCAAUUUGUAAGCAAAGUAAAAUACAUGUGUUAUCAAUAUUCAUUUCCAUAGCCUAUCAUAUAGGAAGCUAAAGACAACUGCGCCGUGCUUCUCUGCCAUAUAGUCUAUGCAUAUAGCCGACAGUCUAUUUAAUUGAGACCACGCAUAGGGGCAUUUGAUCUCGCACGCCCAACAAGAGGUAGGCUACUGUACAAGCAGCAUUAUCCUAUGAGAGUUUGACAAAUAGGUGCUUAAAUUACAGCUGUCUACCAAAAAUAUCAACGGGUAUGAAACUUUAUUAAUGCCAAUGUUUAAAAAAUAACCUAUUGAUCAGGGUUGUUCUUACCUGACGAAGCUUUCUCUGUAGCGUCUUCGGGACUGGAACAUGCGUUCACGCCUCCUUCUCGUGGCGUAUUUAUUUCAGGUUCCGGAUUUACUGGAAACCCAUUUGCCGUGGCUAAUGCCGCGUUCAAAACAACUGGGAACUCGGAAAAAUACGAGAUCAAAUCAUGACGUCAGUGAUCUUCAAAUCGGAAAGUCGGAGCUCUAGAAAGAAGCCUGAGUUCCCGAGUUGGAAUUCCGAGUUGGAUGACCGUUAAAAUAUAAUUUCCCCAGUCGGCACUCGUUUUUUUUCCGAGUUCCCAGUUGUUAUGAAUACACUGAGGUCGGAAGUCGCAGAUUUUCGAGUUCCCAGUUGUUUUGAAUGCGGCAUUUUGCAGCGUUCACGUGCUAGUCGGAAAAAGAUUUCUGCGCAUUCACUUUAAAAAAAGGUGUAUUAUUAUUAUCUUUGUUUUAUGUAGCUACUGCCCACUCUGCUGCCUACGCAGCUCCUGCUCACGCCUCGAUCAGACUGACAGCACUAUUGCAUCAAUACGGGAUAAUACAUUCUGCAGUCAAACUUUUUAAAUUUUGUAAUCCAACAUUUUAAAUCAAAUCAAAGUUUAUUGGUUGUGUACACAUAUUUGCAGAUGUUAUCUCAGGUGAAUCAAAAAUGCUUGUGUUUCUAGCUCCAACAGUGCAGGAAAAGCCUACCUAGCAAAAACAAUACAAAUAAUAAUAAUACACACAAAAUCCUUAUUUUUUCUUAAUUUAAGAAAUAUCAGAAUGAGCAAUGUCAAAAGCCUGAUUAUAAAUAUAUUUAUACAUAUGUAUAUACAUAUUGAAAAAAUAUAUAAAUGCAACAUGAGCUGAAAUAAAAUAUCCGCACAAAAAGCUUAAUUCUCUCAAAUAUUGUGCACAAAUUUGUUUAAAUCCCUGUUAGUGAGUAUUUCUCCUUUGCCAAGAUAAUCCAUCCACCUGACAGGUGUGGCAUAUAAAGAAGCGGAUUAUUACACAGGUGCACCUAGUGCUGGGGACAAUAAAAGGCUACUCUAAAAUGUGCAGUUUUGUCAUACAAUACAAUGCCACAGAUGUCUCAAGUUUUGAGCAGACUAUGGUGGUCUGCUUGAAAUAUGUUGGUAUUACAGACUCAGUCAGGGACAGGUUGAAAAUGUCAGUGAAGACACUUGCCAGUUGGUCAGCGCAUACUCGGAGUACACGUCCUGGUAAUCCUCAAUGCCAUCGGAAGAAUCCCGGAACAUAUUCCAGUCUGUGCUAGCAAAACAGUCCUGUAGCUUAGCAUCUGCGUCAUCUGACCACUUCCGUGGUAGUAUGCUUGGUAGUAUGCCAGAAGAGAUGAGCAGUGGAUGAGGUUUUUGUACUAUUGUUUAGUAUGAUUGCAUGCAUGUGAUAUCAGCUUUAGUACGGUCCUGCCCUCAGGACUAUGUAACCAGUUAUAUAAAUGAUAUAACUGGUUUCAGUGAUAUAUUUCUCUUGAAUUCUGAUUUCUGUCAGAAGACAUGUUUCCACAGGCAAGGCGCACCCACCAAAAGACUGAGCAGGUGGGUAAGUGUGUGUGUGAGAGAGCCCACUAUUUCUUACUUUAAGUCAACACUUUCUAGUAUUAUGUGUGUGUGAGUGUGAGAGAGAGAGAGAGAGAGAGAGAGAGAGAGAGAGAGAGAGAGAGAGAGAGAGAGAGAGAGAGAGAGAGAGAGAGAGAGAGAGAGAGAGAGAGAUCUGUUUGGAGGAAGAGGUGUACACUACCGGUCAAAAGUUUUAGAACACCUACUCAUUCAAGGGUUUUUCUUUAUUUUACUAUUGUCUACAAUGUAGAAUAAUAGUGAAGACAUCGAAACUAUGAAAUAACACAUAUGGAAUCAUGUAGUAACCAAAAAAGUGUUAAACAAAUCAAAAUAUAUUUUAUAUUUGAGAUUCUUCAAAGUAGCCACCCUUUGCCUUGAUGACAGCUUUGCACACUCUUGGCAUUCUCUCAAUCAGCGUCACCUGGAAUGCUUUUCCAACAGUCUUGAAUGAGUUCCCACAUAUGCUGAGCACUUGUUGGCUACUUUUCCUUCACUCUGCGGUCCGACUCAUCCCAAACCAUCUCAAUUUGGUUGAGGUUGGGGGAUUGUGGAGGCCAGGUCAUCUGAUGCAGCACUCCAUCACUUGCCUUCUUGGUAAAAUAGCCCUUACACAGCUUGGAGGUGUGUUGGGCCAUUGUCCUGUUGAAAAACAAAUGAUAGUCCCACUAAGUCCAAACCAGAUGGGAUGGCGUAUCACUGCAGAAUGCUAUGGUAGCCAUGCUGAUUUAGUGUGCCUUGAAUUCUAAAUAAAUCACAGACAGUGUCACCAGCAAAGCACCCCCACACCAUAAAACCUCCUCCUCCAUGCUUUACGGUGGGAACUACACAUGCGCAGAUCAUCCGUUCACCCACACCACGUCUCACAAAGACAUGGCGAUUGGAACCAAAAAUCUCACAUUUGGACUCCAGACCAAAGGACACAUUUCCACCGGUCUAAUGUCCAUUGCUCGUGUUUCUUGGCCCAAGCAAGUCUCUUCUUAUUAUUGGUGUCCUUUAGUAGUGGUUUCUUUGCAGCAAUUAGACCAUGAAGGCCUGAUUCACACAGUCUCCUCUGAACAGUUGAUGUUGAGAUGUGUCAGUUACUUGAACUCUGUGAAGCAUUUAUUUUGGCUGCAAUUUACGAGGCUGGUAACUCUAAUGAACUUAUCCCCUGCAGCAGCGGUAACUCUGGGUCUUCCAUUCCUGUGGCGGACCUCAUGAGAGCCAGUUUUAUCAUAGCGCUUGAUGGUUUUUGCGACUGCAUUUGAAGAAACGUUAAAAGUUAUUUAAAUGUUUCGUAUUGACUGACCUUCAUGUCUUACAGUAAUGAUGGACUGUCGUUUCUCUUUGCUUAUUUGAGCUGUUCUUGCCAUAAUAUGGACUUGGUCUUUUACCAAAUAGGGCUAUCUUCUGUAUACCCCGCUACCUUGUCACAACACAACUGAUUGGCUCAAACGCAUUAAGAAGGAAAGAAAUUCCACAAAUUAACUUUUAAGAAGGCACACCUGAUAAUUGAAAUGCAUCCCAGGUGACUACCUCAUGAAGCUGGUUGAGAGAAUGCCAAGAGUGUGCAAAGCUGUCAUCAAGGCAAAGGGUGGCUACUUUGAAGAAUCUCAAAUAUAAAAUAUAUUUUGAUUUGUUUAACACUUUUUUGGUUACUACAUGAUUCCAUGUGUUAUUUCAUAGUUUUGAUGUCUUCACUAUUAUUCUACAAUGUAGAAAAUAGUAAAAAUAAAGAAAAUCCCUUGAAUGAGUAGGUGUUCUAAAACUUUUGACCGGUAGUGUAGUCAUGAUGACGCAUGUGACCAAAGGCAGGUAGAGUAGGUCAGGUGAGUGGUGCCAGGUGAGUAAAGGUGAGUUCCAGGCAGGUGUAUUGGUUACCUCUGUCAUCAGCUUAUUUUGUCUCUCUGCAUGGCAGCAGCACAUAACUUCUCUGGCUGGCUGUCAAUGAGGAACCUCGUUUAAUCAGUCUCUAUCUCUAUCCAAGUAUCCAUAUGGUGAAUGCUUUGUAUACAGUUUUUAUAACAAUAAAUUACAUUACACAGCAAUCAACAUCAUGUUUUCUCAUGUGCGUGCAUAAAAGAGGGCCAUAUCAGCUAUUUGAUGAAGUAUUCUGAACCCAUUAAAGACCUUAACAAGUUUGUAUAUUAUUAUACUUUUUUAUUAUAACAUUUUGCUAUUUUUUGUUCGUCAUUGUGGGCGGUACUGUACUUUUCGUUCUUCACAAACACAUUUUCUACACGGACGAAUUACACAGACUGAUAAUGCUGGGGUUUCCAUAGAAACAUGCCAACCCACAGAAGAAAGCGGGAGAACUCAAGUUAGCGUUUAAACAAAGUGUUGAACGCAAACGGUAAUACAUCUAUAGCUAAACAACUCUUUAGUCUAAGAGCGACAUUAGUUAGUUGCAUGCUGUCGAGGUACGUUAGCAAACCAGCUGCUAGAUUAGCCAUUCUAACGGUAAUGUAACGUUAGCUAACGUCAGCUACAAGCUAACGUUACCUAGCUAGCAACGUCUGCUUGUUGCUGGCAGCUUUCAUCUCUCGGAAAUGUGUAACUAUCUGUCUGUCUCUCUUUGUGUGUGUGUGUGAGAGAUGUGUCAUGUAACGUUAAUGUGUUUUCAUGUUGCAGUGGUGCAUUGACCGCUAGACUUUGAUGUGUAUGUGUUCUCUAGCCAUGCAGGCUAAUGAUGGAGCAGACCUGGACGCCCAGUUAGCCAGUAAGGAGAAAGAGUGGAAGGAGCUCCAGACCCUACGGGUUCAGCAGCAGGAGAAGUCCCUCCGUGAUGCCCAGGAACAUCUCUCUCUCCUCAGGCAACGCUUCCAGCAGCUCAGGGAGGACUUCCGCUUUAACCUGGCCGUGCUGGAGGAGAGAGACAGAGAGCUGGAGAGAUAUGACGCCAUGGCUGCCCGCGCACAGGCCACAGAGACUGCCAGGUCAAUCAUUCAAUCAAACGUAUUUUAUAAAGCCCGUUUUACAUUGUGAGUGAGAGCGAGAGAGAGUAAUGUAUUAUUUGUUAUGUAUCCCAUGACUCCCUGGAAUACAUUGACUAUUGUCACUGAGAGGACUAUUCUAGCUUUAACAUGUGACUUUCCUUAUUGAAGGCAGGAGGAAUUGAGUCAGUUACGCAUCCAGAUAGCCAAGCUGCAGGAGGAGAGGGAGAGCGAGGCAAGGGAGGUGAGACGCAGCCAGCAGAGAGCUGCCGAACACAGGCUGCAGCUGGAGAGGCUCCAGAGGUGAGUGGGGUGGGGUUAAGGGCAGUGGAGUGGGGUGCAGGUGGGAUGGUUGCCCUAAUUCAGUGCAAUUUUAUUCAAAUUCAAAAUACUCACACUAACAAAGCUCUUGGGGGGGGCUUCUUUUCCCUCCUCACUGUUUCCCAGUAAUUGUCACUCAUUACAUUGUUGUACUCAUUACAUGAUGCCCCAGCCCCACAUUUAACCCCAAUGUGACUCACCAGGCCCAUCUGUAUGGGUUAUAUUUAGACAGGAGGACCCAGUAGGGAACUCGCAUGCGGAUUUACAGUGCCUUCAGAAAGUAUUCAUACCCCUUGACUUAUUCCACAUUUUGUUGUGUUACAGCCUGAAUUCAAAUUUGAUUAAAGUGAUGUUUUUCUCACCCAUCUAGACAUAAUACCCCAUAAUGACAAAGUGAAACAUGUUUUUAGAAAAAUAUCUAAUUUACAUAAGUAUUCACAACCCUGAGUCAAUACAUGUUAGAAUCACCUUUGGGAGUGAUUACAGCUGUGAGUCUUGCUGGGUAAGUCUAUAAGGGUCCUGUGGUCCUCUGUAGCUCAGCUGGUAGAGCACGGCGCUUGUAACGCCAAGGUAGUGGGUUCGAUCCCCGGGACCACCCAUACACAAAAAUGUAUGCACGCAUGACUGUAAGUCGCUUUGGAUAAAAGCGUCUGCUAAAUGGCUUAUUAUUAUUAUUAUAUUAUUAUUAUAAGAGCUUUGCACACCUGGAUUGUACAAUAUUUGCACAUUAUUCUUUAAGCUCUGUCAAGUUGGUUGUUGAUCAUUGCUAGACAGCCAUUUUCAAGUCUUGACAUAGAUUUUCAAGCAGAUUUAAGUCAAAACUGUAACUAGGUCACUAAGGAACAUUCAAUGUCGUCUUGGUAUAUUUGGCCAUGUGUUUUAGAUUAUUGUUGUGCUGAAAGGUGAAUUUGUCUCCCAGUCUCUGUUGGAAUGCCGAGUGGACCAGGUUUUCCUCUAGGAUUUUGCCUGUGCUUGGCUCUAUUCAGUUUCUUUUUAUCAUAAAAAAACUCCCUAUUCCUUGCCGAUGACAAGCAUACCAAUAACAUGAUGCAUCCACCACCAUUCUUGAAAAUAUGAAGAGUGGAACUCAGUGAUGUGUUGUAUUUGCCCCAAACAUAACACUUUGUAUUCAGAACAAAAAGUUAAAUUUUUUGCAAAGUUUUACUUUAGUGCCUUAUUGCAAACAGGAUGGAUGUUUUGGAAUAUUUAUACAUGACAUCCAAUUGGUAGUUACAGUCUUGUCCCAUCGCUGCAACUCCCGUACGGACUCAGGAGAGGCGAAGGUCGAGAGCCAUGCGUCCUCCGAAACACGACCCCGCCAAGCUGCACUGCUUCUUGACACACUGCUCAAAAGCCAGCCGCACCAAUGUGUCGGAGGAAACACGUACAACUGGCGACCGAAGUCAGCGUGCAUGCGCCUGGCCCACCACAAGGAGUCGCUAGAGGGCGAUGGGACAAGGAAAUCCUGGCCGGCCAAACCCUCCCCUAACCCAGUCGACGCUGGGCCAAUUGUGCGCCGCCUCAUGGGUCUCCCGGUCGGCUGCGACACAGCCUGGGAUCGAACCCUGGUCUGUAGUGACGCCAUAGACCACUGCGCCACUCGGGAGGCUGGAAUAUUUUGUAUUCUGUACAGGCUUCCUUCUUUUCACUCUGUCAAUUACGAUAGUAAUAUGGAGUAUCUACAAUGCUGUUGCUCCAUCCUCAGUUUUCUCCUAUUACAGCCAUUAAACUCUGUAACUGUUUUAAAGUCACCAUUGGCCUCAUAGUGAAAUCCCUGAGCGGUUUCCUUCUUCUCUGGCAACUGAGUUAGGAAGGACGCCUGUAUCUUUGUAGUGACUGGGUGUAUUGAUACACCAUCCAAAGUGUAAUUAAAAACUUCAACAUGCUCAAAGGGACAUUCAAUGUCUGCUUUUUUUUCUUCUUUAAUCUGCCAAUAGGUGCCCUUUUUGCGAGGCAUUGGAAAAUCUCCCUGGUCUUUGUGGUUGAAUCUGUGUUUGAAAUUCACUGUUCAACUGAGGGACCUUACAGAUAAUUGUAUGUGUGGGGUACAGAGAUGAGGUAGUCAUUCGAAAAAAUCAUGUUAAACACUAUUAUUGCACACAGAGUGAGUCCAUGCAACUUAUUAUGUGACUUGUUAAGUACAUUUUUAGCCUGAACUUAUUUAGCGACUUACAAAUUGGUGCAUUCAACUUAUGAUCGCCAGUGGGACAACAACUUUUUUUACAUUUAUGUUUAUGGGGGUGGGGGAGGGGUGGGUAGAAUGAUUACUUUUAUACUAUUCCAGGUAUUCCUUAAAGAGGGUUUCAAGUGUCUCCGGAAGGUGGUCAGUGACUCCACUGUCCUGGCGUCGUGGGGGAGCUUGUUCCUCCAUUGGGGUGCCAGAGCAGCGAAUAGCUUUGACUGGGCUGAGCGGGAACUGUGCUUCUAUAGAGGUAGGGGGGCUAGCAGGCCAGAGGUGGAUGAACGUAGUGCCCUCGUUUGGGUGUAGGGUCUGAUCAGAGCCUGAAGGUAAGGAGGUGCCGUUCCCCUCACAGCUCCGAAGGCAAGCACCAUGGUCUUGUAGUAGAUGCGAGCCUCAACUGGAAGCCAGUGGAGUGUGCGGAGGAGCGGGGUGACAUGAGAGAACUUGGGAAGGUUGAACACCAGACGGGCUGCAGCGUUCUGGAUAAGUUGUAGGGGUUUAAUGGCACAGGCAGGGAGCCCAGCCAACAGCGAGUUGCAGUAAUCCAGACGGGAGAUGACAAGUGCCUGGAUUAAGACCUGUGCAACUUUCUGUGUAAGGUAGGGUCGUACUCUGCGAAUGUUGUAGAGCAUGAACCUGCAGGAUCGGGUCACCGCUUUGAUGUUAGCAGAGAACGACAGGGUGUUGUCCAGGGUCACGCCAAGGUUCUUUGCACUCUGGGAGGAGGACAAAGGGGUUGAAUACUUAUGGACUCAAGACAUUUCAGCUUUUCAUUUGUAAUUAAAAACAUAAUUCCACUUUGACAUUUUGGGGUGUUGUGUGUAAGCCAGAGACCAAAAAUCUCAAUUUAAUUUACAUUUUACAUUUUAGUCAUUUAGUAGACGCUCUUAUCCAGAGCGACUUACAGUUAGUGAGUGCAUACAUUUUCAUACUACCAACUGAGUACAGUAGCUAACUGUACCCCUACAUAACAUGUAUCUACAACAGCUAACUGUACCCCUACAUAACAUGUAUCUACAACAGCUAACUGUACCCCUACAUAACAUGUAUCUACAGUAGCUGCUGUAACCCUACAUAACAUGUAUCUACAACAGCUAACUGUACCCCUACAUAACAUGUAUCUACAACAGCUAACUGUACCCCUACAUAACAUGUAUCUACAGUAGCUGCUGUAACCCUACAUAACAUGUAUCUACAACAGCUAACUGUACUCCUACAUAACAUGUAUCUACAACAGCUAACUGUAUCCCUACAUAACAUGUAUCUACAACAGCUAACUGUACCCCUACAUAACAUGUAUCUACAGUAGCUGCUGUAACCCUACAUAACAUGUAUCUACAACAGCUAACUGUACCCCUACAUAACAUGUAUCUACAACAGCUAACUGUACCCCUACAUAACAUGUAUCUACAACAGCUAACUGUACCCCUACAUAACAUGUAUCUACAACAGCUAACUGUACCCCUACAUAACAUGUAUCUACAGCAGCUAACUGUACCCCUACAUAACAUGUAUCUACAGCAGCUAACUGUACCCCUACAUAACAUGUACAGUGAGUGAAAAAAGUAUUUGAUCCCCUGCUGAUUUUAUACGUUUGCCCACUGACAAAGACAUGAUCAGUCUAUAAUUUUAAUGGUAGGUUUAUUUGAACAGCGAGAGACAGAAUAACAACAAAAAAAUCCAGAAAAACGCAUGUCAAAAAUGUUAGCAAUUGAUUUGCAUUUUAAUGAGGGAAAUAAGUAUUUGACCCCUCUGCAAAACAUGACUUAGCACUUGGUGGCAAAACCGUUGUUGGCAAUCACAGAGGUCAGAUGUUUCUUGUAGUUGGCCACCAGGUUUGCACACAUCUCAGGAGGGAUUUUGUCCCACUCCUCUUUGCAGAUCUUCUCCAAGUCAUUAAGGUUUCGAGCCUGACGUUUGGCAACUCGAACAUUCAGCUCCCUCCACAGACUUUCUAUGGGAUUAAGGUCUGGAGACUGGCUAGGCCAAUCCAGGACCUUAAUGUGCUUCUUCUUGAGCCACUCCUUUGUUGCCUUGGCCGUGUGUUUUGGGUCAUUGUCAUGCUGGAAUACCCAUCCACUACCCAUUUUCAAUGCCCUGGCUGAGGGAAGGAGGUUCUCACCCAAGAUUUGACGGUACAUGGCCCCGUCCAUCGUCCCUUUGAUGUGGUGAAGUUGUCCUGUCCCCUUAGCAGAAAAACACCCCCAAAUGUUUCAACCUCCAUGUUUGAUGGUGGGGAUGGUGUUCUUGAGGUCAUAGGCAGCAUUCCUCCUCCUCCAAACACAGCGAGUUGAGUUGAUGCCAAAGAGCUCGAUUUUGGUCUCAUCUGACCACAACACUUUCACCCAGUUCUCCUCGGAAUCAUUCAGAUGUUCAUUGGCAAACUUCAGACGGGCCUGUAUAUGUGCUUUCUUGAGCAGGGGGACCUUGCGGGCGCUGCAGGAUUUCAGUCCUUCACGGCGUAGUGUGUUACCAAUUGUUUUCUUGGUGACUAUGGUCCCAGCUGCUUUGAGAUCAUUGACAAGAUCCUCCCGUGUAGUUCUGUGCUGAUUCCUCACCGUUCUCAUGAUCAUUGCAACUCCACGAGGUGAGAUCUUGCAUGGAGCCCCAGGCCGAGGGAGAUUGACAGUUAUUUCGUGUUUCUUCCAUUUGCGAAUAAUCGCACCAACUGUUGUCACCUUCUCACCAAGCUGCUUGCCGAUGGUCUUGUAGCCCAUUCCAGCCUUGUGUAGGUCUACAAUCUUGUCCCUGACAUCCUUGGAGAGCUCUUUGGUCUUGGCCAUGGUGGAGAGUUUGGAAUCGGAUUGAUUGAUUGCUUCUGUGGACAGGUGUCUUUUAUACAGGUAACAAACUGAGAUUAGGAGCACUCCCUUUAAGAGUGUGCUCCUAAUCUCAGCUCGUUACCUGUAUAAAAGACACCUGGGAGCCUGAAAUCUUUCUGAUUGAGAGGGGGUCAAAUACUUAUUUCCCUCAUUAAAAUGCAAAUCAAUUGAUAACAUUUUUGACAUGUGUUUUUCUGGAUUUUGUUGUUGUUAUUCUGUCUCUAACUGUUCAAAUAAACCUACCAUUAAAAUUAUAGACUGAUCAUUUCUUUGUCAGUGGGCAAACGUACAAAAUCAGCAAGGGAUCAAAUACUUUUUUCCCUCACUGUAUCUACAACAGCUAACUGUACCCCUACAUAACAUGUAUCUACAACAGCUAACUGUACCCCUACAUAACAUGUGUCUACAACAGCUAACUGUACCUCUACAUAACAUGUGUCUACAGUAGCUGCUGUAAUCAAUUUUAAAUUCAGGCUGUAACACAACAAAAUGUGGAAAAAGUAAAUGGGUGUGAAUGCUUUCUGAAGGCACUGUAUAUGGCCUUUAGGGCAAGGUUUAUACUGUAGGCUGUAUGUUAGUCUAAUUAUUAUUAAGCUUUCACUAUUGUUUCACUACAGUAUGUGGCUCUGCUGUAUACUCUGUUCCAGUUAAGCUCAGUUGGUAAAGCAUGGCACUUGCAACUCCAGGGUUGUGUGUUCGAUUCCCACAGGGGACCAGUACGAAAUAAGUAUUAGAAUGUAUGCAAUCACUACUCUUAAGUCGCUCUGGAUAAGAGCGUCUGCUGAAUGACUAAACACUUAGCCUGAAAUAUGUUAAAGCUCGCUCCAUGGUUCCUCCGUGUUCUCAACUUUGAGAGGUAAUCUAGUCUCAUGGUGGUUUCAGUGACUGGUGUCUGUUUAUUUUCUGAUGCCAUGAUGGCUUUUGCAUCCGGUGUGUGUGUGUGUGUAUUUGACAAUGUCAUGAUGGCUUCAGGAUCUGGUGUGUGACUGUGUGUGUGUCAUCUUUCUGUGACUCAGCGGUCAGGCUGGUGACCUUCAGAAGCAGAGAGAGGAGUAUGAAGGGAUGAGACGUGAUCUCCAACGCAGGGUCCAGGAGGUGGAGGGAGAGCUGGCUCUACAGAAGCAGGUACACACCCACAUGGCAAGGGAAGUGGGAGGGUGCAGUGGUAGGCCGCUCUCUAAUUUUAAUAGAAGAGUCACCUUUCCCUGUGGAAACCACAUGCAGACAAGACAUUUAAACCAGAUCAGCCAGAGGGGAGAUAUCUUUACAAUUACAGUCUAGUCAUAAAAGCAGUUAAUCUACCCUAAUUAAAAUAGUAAAUUACUACCGGCCCUUAGUAAACUUUUGGGAAAAAUGGUGUUUGACCAGAUACAGUGUUAUUUUACUGUAAACAGAUUAACAACAGACUUUCAGCAUGCUUAUAGGGAUGGGCACUCAACAUGUACGGCAAUGACACAAAUGACUGAUGAUUGGCUGAAAAUGAUAAUAAUAAUAAGAUUGUGUAUUUGUAUUUAUUACGGAUCCGCAUUAGUGGCUGCCAAGGCAGUGUUAGCAUGUGUUUGUGAAUGCUGUGUGUGGGAGCUGUAUUGCUAGACUUCAGCGCAGCUUUUGAUAUUAAUGAUCAUAAUCUGUUGCUGAAAAAACAUGUGUUAUGGCUUUGCAUCCUCUGCCAUAUUGUGGAUUGAGAGCUACCUAUCUAAUAGAACACAGUCAGUGUUUUCUUUAAUGGAACCUUCUCUAACAUAAACCAGGUAGAGUGUGGUGUUCCACAAGACAGCUGACUCGGCCCUCUACUGUUCUACAUUUUUUACUAUUCAAAUCAAAUCAAAUCAAAUUUUAUUGGUCACAUGCGCCGAAUACAACAGGUGCAGACAUUACAGUGAAAUGCUUACUUACAGCCCUUAACCAACAGUGCAUUUAUUUUAAACAAAAAAGUAAAAAUAAAACAACAACAAAAAAAGUGUUGAGAAAAAAAAGAGCAGAAGUAAAAUAAAGUGACAGUAGGGAGGCUAUAUAUACAGGGGGGUACCGUUGCAGAGUCAAUGUGCGGGGGCACCGGCUAGUUGAGGUAGUUGAGGUAAUAUGUACAUGUGGGUAGAGUUAAAGUGACUAUGCAUAAAUACUUAACAGAGUAGCAGCAGCGUAAAAAGGAUGGGGUGGGGGGGCAGUGCAAAUAGUCUGGGUAGCCAUGAUUAGCUGUUCAGGAGUCUUAUGGUUUGGGGGUAGAAGCUGUUGAGAAGUCUUUUGGACCUAGACUUGGCACUCCGGUACCGCUUGCCGUGCGGUAGCAGAGAGAACAGUCUAUGACUAGGGUGGCUGGAGUCUUUGACAAUUUUGAGGGCCUUCCUCUGACACCGCCUGGUAUAGAGGUCCUGGAUGGCAGGAAGCUUUGCCCCAGUGAUGUACUGGGCCGUACGCACUACCCUCUGUAGUGCCUUGCGGUCGGAGGCCAAGCAGUUGCCAUACCAGGCGGUGAUGCAACCAGUCAGGAUGCUCUCGAUGGUGCAGCUGUAUAAUUUUUUGAGGAUCUGAGGACCCAUGCCAAAUCUUUUUAGUCUCCUGAGGGGGAAUAGGCUUUGUCGUGCCCUCUUCACGACUGUCUUGGUGUGUUUGGACCAUGAUAGUUCGUUGGUGAUGUGGACACCAAGGAACUUGAAGCUCUCAACCUGUUCCACUACAGCCCCGUCGAUGAGAAUGGGGGCGUGCUCAGUCCUCUUUUUUUUCCUGUAGUCCACAAUCAUCUCCUUUGUCUUGGUCACGUUGAGGGAGAGGUUGUUGUCCUGGCACCACACGGCCAGAUCUCUGACCUCCUCCCUAUAGGCUCUCUCAUCGUUGUCGGUGAUCAGGCCUACCACUGUUGUGUCGUCGGCAAACUUAAUGAUGGUGUUGGAGUCGUGCCUGGCCAUGCAGUCAUGGGUGAACAGAGAGUACAGGAGGGGACUGAGCACGCACCCCUGAGGGGCCCCCGUGUUGAGGAUCAGUGUGGCAGAUGUGUUGUUACCUACCCUUACCACCUGGGGGCGGCCCGUCAGGAAGUCCAGGAUCCAGUUGCAGAGGGAGGUGUUUAGUCCCAGGAUCCUUAGCUUAAUGAUGAGCUUAAAGGGCACUAUGGUGUUGAAUGCUGAGCUGUAGUCAAUGAAUAGCAUUCUCACGUAGGUGUUCCUCUUGUCCAGGUGGGAAAGGGCAGUGUGGAGUGCAAUAGAGAUUGCAUCAUCUGUGGAUCUGUUGGGGCGGUAUGCAAAUUGGAGUGGGUCUAGGGUUUCAGGGAUAAUGCUGUUGAUGUGAGCCAUGACCAGCCUUUCAAAGCACUUCAUGGCUACAGACGUCAGUGCUACGGGUCGGUAGUCAUUUAGGCAGGUUAUCUUAGAGUCCUUGGGCACUGGGACUAUGGUGGUCUGCUUGAAACAUGUUGGUAUUACAGACUCAGUCAGGGACAUGUUGAAAAUGUCAGUGAAGACACUUGCCAGUUGGUCAGCACAUGCUCGGAGUACACGUCCUGGUAAUCCGUCUGGCCCUGCGGCCUUGUGAAUGUUGACCUGCUUAAAAGUCUUACUCACAUCGGCUACGGAGAGCGUGAUCACAUAGUCAUCCGGAACAGCUGGUGCUCUCAUACAUGCUUCAGUGUUGCUUGCCUCGAAGCGAGCAUAGAAGUGGUUUAGCUCGUCUGGUAGGUUUGUGUCACUGGGUAGCUCGCGGCUGUGCUUCCCUUUGUAGUCUGUAAUAGUUUUCAAGCCCUGCCACAUCCGACGAGCGUCAGAGCCAGUGUAGUACGAUUCAAUCUUAGACCUGUAUUGACUCUUUGCCUGUUUGAUGGUUCGUCGGAGGUCAUAGCGGGAUUUCUUAUAAGCGUCCGGGUUAGAGUCCCGUUCCUUGAAAGCGGCAGCUCUACCCUUUAGCUCACCCUUAACCUAUUGACCUACUAGCAUUGAAUAAAGCCUGUGUGUGUCUAUGUAUGCAGAUGACUCAACAUUAUACUCGUCAGCUACCACAGGAAGUGAAAUCACUGCAACCCUUAACAAAAGGCUGUAGUCAGUUUUAGAAUGGGUUGCUAGUAACAAGCUAGAACUAAAUAUAUAAAAAAGCAUUGUAUUUGGGACAAAUCAUUAGUUAAACCCUAAACCUCAUCUAAAUAUAGUAAUGAAUAAUGUGGCGAUUGACCAAGUUGACGAAACGAAACUGCUUGGUGUAACCCUAGAUUGUAAGCUGACGUGGCCAAAUGCUGCAAAGAAGGACAUAGGCAAAUUACAGUUGGCUCAGAACAGAGCAACGUCAGAGCAAUGUACAAGGAGGGCUAAUUUCAACAACAUGCAUAAGUAGAGGAGCGAUUGACUGCAUCACUACUGGUCUUUGUGAUAGGUAUUGACAUGUUAAAAGUACCGAACUGUCUGCUCAAUCAGUUAACACACAGCUCAGACAGUCAUACAUACCCCACAAGACAUGCCUCCAGAGGUCUCUUCACAGUCCCUAAGUCCAGAACAGAGGCUAGGAAACGCACAGUACUAUAUAGAGCCAUGACUACAUGGAACUCUUCCACCUCAGAUAACUCAAGCUAGCAGUAAAAAAAAAAAAAAGAUAAACGACACCUCACAGAACAACGUGGACUGUGAAGAGACACACACACAUUUAUUAUUAUGUAAUAAUGGAGCAAUGUAACUUUGUGUAAUGCACAAUGUUUUGUUUGAUGUAAUGUUUUAUCUCUGUUUGGACCCCAGGAAGAGUAUCUGCUGCCUUGGCAUCUAAUGGGGAUCCUUAUAAAAUACUAUACCAACUGCCUGCCAAACCUCUGUGUGUGUUUUUGAGAGUACUUGUGUGAGUGUGGUAUUUCAGUCUAAACUCUGUGGCAAGCAGGGUGUUUUGUUGCUGGCUGUUGUCCAGGCUCUUUGCUGUUUCACUCGAUCUCUAGAGAGAAUACCCCCCUUUGAGCAGCACUGUGUGUGUGUGUUAGUCUGACUGUGUGUGUGUGUGCGAAUUUGUGUGUUUGUGUGUGAUUACCCCCACCCACAUCUGUGAGGUAAGGAGAGAAGGUGCUAACACCUGCUGUGAUGAAUGAGGCUGGCUUGUCUGCUAGUUUUGUCUCUGUCUAUGGCGUCUGGAAUAGGUCAGCUGGAAAUAUACCUUUCAGGGAUGUCUGUCUGGGAUGUUUGGAAGCUUCAUCAGGAAUUCUCAUCCUCUCUAUCCCUCACAUGUUCAGGAGAUGAUGACAGACUUUGAUAAUGAGAUGAGGCAGAGAGAGCAUGAGUUCAACCUGAGGAUGGAUGAGAUGAGAGCCGUGGUCCUGUCUCACGAACUCAGGGUAAGGAGCAGGUGUGUGUGUGUGUGUGUUUACCUACUCCCAGGUAAAAUUGCUGAGUAAGAUAGUGCUGAUACUUGGUGUGUGUGUGUGUGUGUGUGUGUGUGUGCCUCUCUCCAGGUGAAGCUGCUCUCUAAGGAAACAGAGGUCCACUCCCAGGCCCAGGCUCAGGCUGUGGAGGCCCUGAAGGCCUCCGAGGAUCUCUGUCAGCACACACACACACAGCUACAGCACAGGCACUGGGAGAUAAAGGACAUCACUGCCGUCAAGGACGCAAGGUGUGUGUGUCCUACCACGUUGACUUAGAAUUAUUCAUGACAACCUUAUUUCCCAUCAUUUCCCAUGUGUUAGAUAAAAUGUGAUUGUCAUUUCUCAGGAUAAAGGAGCUAGUGGACAAAUUAAAAGCUCUACAGACCAAGAGGAAGAGAGAGGAGGAAGUCUACAACAAGAAGUGAGUCCUACUAUACAAACGCAACAUAGGACCGCAAAGACAAACGACCAGCAUAUCAGCAGUAGUCCUAGACUAAUGGUAGUCUAAUGGUGAGUCUUUUAAUGUUCACAUCUGUAGGCAUGAGCAGUUGGACCGGGGAGUGCGUGAGAGAGAGGCUCAGUUGGAUGCGUUAAGGGACGCUCACAGAGAACAGCUACGACAGGCAGAGACACAUACCGGUCAACUACAGGCAAAACUGGACGCCAUGGUAACACACACACACAGGACCCAGAGAGACAACGAGGACACACUGCGAGAGAGAGAUCAACAGAUAGACAGGUGAAACACUGUGUGUGUGUGUGUUUGUUUGUGCGUGCACAUUCUGCAUUAACUGUGUCUGUGUUUUGUGAGUGUAUGUGCUUUAUUUAAGUGUGUGUCUCUGGUCCAAAGCCCUGGAUGAUCAGUGUUUGAACAUGCUCAGUGAGUGAUUGGGAGUGAGUGAGACAGUAUGUGGGCGUACAUUACUCUGAAGGUGUCUGGCAGGAAGCAGUGAUUAUGUAACAAUGUGUGAAAGGAAAGAGCCUCCGAGGCGCUCUCUUAAGGGGAUGAAACACACACAGAACAUUUAGCAAUCAUAUCACAUCAUCACACUUUGUUCAUAAAUGUCUCUACAGUGAAAAUAUACAGGUGUAGGAUCUUAAUUUGAUCACGCUGUUGCAGGAUAACUUUCCUGCAAUGCAGGAAAUUCUAAACUUGUAGUGUAUUUCAGGUUUAAAAAGGCUUCUGACAGUAUGUCAUUUCCACUUUGAAAUCAACCCCUACAAAAAUGUACAUUAAUUAUAAUCCACAUAAUAAUUAACCUUUCCUGUUGCUGCAGGAUUAUUUCCCUGCUGUAGCAAACUAGCUCAAAUUAAGAUCCAAAUGUGUACAGGGGGAAAACACAGGUACCAUUUUGUAACACAGAUUCAGGGCUCACCUCCAGGAUGUUAAAGGUACUCUUAAUAAAAGGAGGUGAACAUUUUAGUGUUGUUUCGGUACAACAACUUCAACCUGUGUGUUAUUGUGUUGUGAAGGCUUUGUAUGGAGCUGGAGACGACUCGUAGUGGCUGGGACACGUACAUCACUCAGGUCUCUAAGGAGACUGUUUUUAAGGACACAGAGCUGCUGGCCCUGCAGGAGAGAGAAAGCAAAUUACGGACCGAACUUGAUCGGAGCAGGGGGGAGACGGAAAGGUUGGUGUGUGUGUGUGUCUUUUUUGCAGGUAAAAGGGUUAUUUGGAUGUGUGUGUAUGUCUCAGGUGUUAACACUGUGUGUGUGUGUGUAUACGUGUGUGCGCGAGCAUGCUUGCUUGUGUGCGUGCGUGUGUAUCCCAGGUACAAGCAGCAGCUGUUUGUGGGUGUGGAGCGAGAGAAGGCUCUGGAGCAGAGGAGAAUCCAGGUGGAGCUGGAGUGGCAGAGACGCUGCGAAGACAACAAGGCUGAACACUACCUGCACAGUGAAGAGUUAAUACAGGGCCUGACACAGGCCAGAGACCAGGUGAGACUCUCCAUUCCUCAUACAGGUGUACUCAUAUACAGGUAUGUAAUACAAGUGAACCCAUAUACCAGUACAAGUUGAGGUGGAAAUAUAUGGUCAGGAUCGGUAGAGGCCUCUCCUCAUCAUCAGUUCAUUGUGAUUCUGUACUUCCUGUUGCCCUCAGGCUAGUGCAGAGCUGAGAGAGAAGGAGAGAGAACUACAGGACAUGGUGGUACUACUGCACACGGUUACCAUGGAGAGAGACCAGGCCCUGGGUCAGCCAAUUAGAGAACAGGUGAGAGACCAACUAAAACACAGGGGAGGGAUGUCGUCCAAUUAUGUUGGAGCUUUAACUACUUGCCACAGAGUUAAAGGUAAGAGUGAUGGGUUACAGAGAGUUAUCUCUGUUAUGAGAGAGAGAGCGAGAGAGAGAGAGAGACAGAAAGAGAUGUCAAGGGACAAUAAUACCUAGAUCUGUAUCUGUUUCUGGAGAUGUUCAGAAUUACUAACCCCUUUACCCCAGAAACCAGUGUUACAACAGCUAUUCUAAAAAGCAGCAGAAGUCCUACACUUGUAUGACACUUGAGUCCCAUUUUUAGUGGGAGUUAGAGUACAGUGGGGGACUAGAGUGUGAGAGAGGGGGGAGGGUAAGAAGGGGAAGGAACUGACUUUACCCCAGAAACCCUAGCCCUUGAGUGAUGUUACCACAGUUAUUCUGAAGAACAGCAGGAGCCCCACAUGUGUCCUGGAUUGUGAGAGAAAGGGAGUAGGGCGAUAGGCGGAAGCAUGGGGAGGAGGAGGGGAGUUUGGGUGUGAGAGAUGGAUUUUUUGGGGGCCAGGGCAUGACCGAUACGGUAUCCCCUCACCCCUGUCUCCAGGCUGGCCGUUAAUCUUGAGCAUUUAAAGUUAUUUUGACCUUAAAGCCUUCUGACAGAACGGCUGCACUCUCUCUCUCACACAUUCUGACUGACCUUAUGCCACAACAACAGAUUACAGCCACCCUCUUUCACAUUCUGACCGAGCUAACAGACAACAGCCAAAUCACUGACCAUAAGGGCAGUGUGGCAGACUGUGCAGGAAGUGGGGGGGAGAGUGAUAGACUAUGGGAGACAGACACAGAGAAAUAGAGGCAGAGAAAAUAAGCUGUUACCAGGCCAGGAGUGGUAGUCUUUAAACGGCCCUCGGCUCCUGUUAACACCACCUCUAUUACUAAUGCAUGUGGCUGUUGACACUGGACUCUAUCCAUUAGAUUAAUUGCCAAAGUUAUACGACUUAUCUGGUUUAUACCCUCCUCUUCCUCCUCCUGACUCCUGGCCUGGUGUUACUGAGCUUCUUGGUCUGAACUUAAUCUGAUACUGGACCCUCUUAACCCUUAUCUUGUCCUACUCUUCCUCUUCUUCAAAGGGGCCCUUUUUCAAGGUGUACUCCAGAAAUAGUACCUUGCUUUUGACCUCAGAAAACAUAGUUUCACUGAUUUCUUUCAUUCAUUAUUUUCUGUAUUCUAUCAGUCAAUACUUUUACUGUUCUCCAUUCAAUAGUUUAUUAUUCCUUUAUUUAAAGGUUCUACUGUUCUGUUUUCAUUUACAUUUUAGUCAUUUAGCAGACGCUCUUAUCCAGAGCGACUUACAGUUAGUGAGUGCAUACAUUUUCAUACUGGCCCCCCGUGGGAAUCGAACCCACAACCCCAUUCUUCAUUGGAGUUACUUGGCUUUCUUCAAUGCCCAGAUUCCUCUCUUAUCUAAAGCGACUUCUCCCAUUCCAUCAAAUGAACUCUUGCUCUCAACAACACUCGCGCACGCGCACACACACACACACACACACACACACACACACACACACACACACACACACACACACACACACAUACUUGGGUGUUAUCUCUACCCUUAUGAUGACCCUCCAUUCCUAGAGGGGGGCUCUGGUCCCGACCACAGACCUUUUUAGGAGGUGCCCUUUCCUUGAACAGCCCAAGUGGUCUGAUACCCUUUCAUAUUGACUGUCUGCCUGACCAACAUACCUGUCUUUGUUGGCUCUAUAGCACUUACCCUGGACCCUGUGCAAGGCUUUAAUGCCAAAACGUGUUGGGUUUGAGCUUGAACUUUCAUUUAGUUCCCAAGAGUGGCUAUCCUUUGUCAGCUUAUGGGACCUAGAUAUAUGAGGGACAAAUGCCUUUUCAAAGGGCCUUUCACAAACUUCAUUGAGUUUGCAGACAGUUACAGUGUAAGUACACAUCAGUGGAGGCAGGUGGGAGGAGCGAUAGGAGGACGGGCUCAUUGUAAUUGCUGGAAUGGAAUCAAUUGAAUGGUACCAAACACAUGCAAACAACGUGUUUGACUCUGUUCCAUUGAUUCCAUUCCAGCCAUUGAGCCCACAGAGGAAUGUUGCUGAGUUUAUGAAGCUAACCGCUACCGUGAGCCACGCUACUACACUAUAUAAAUCUGACAUCCAUACGCCCUGUAAAUGACAUCAUCGUGACCAUGUCAUCCUCACAUACCAGCCUUCAAGGAUCUCAUACGUCUAUCAACUUAAUGGUGAGGGAAAAGAGACCCAUCUAAUGUACAGUAGUGUCGGCAGAUACUUGAAUAUAGGGGGAGACUGUGACAAAGUUGACUUUUUGUCAAACUGAUCGUUUGUUGUUUGUUGAAAAUGUGUGGCUGUAGUAGUCGAUCUAAUUUCAGGCCUCCUUGACUAAAUCAAUUUUUUCAAAUUUUAUCACGGAAGACUAAUUUAAACUCAACUUCUGUGCAUGAAAUGAUACUAUUAUCUCUGCAUUUUAGGCAGGUUGAUGUUUAUUGGGAUGAAUCUUGCCCUGGAUCUAGGAUCCGUCUAUCCUAUCCCUAACUCAUAUUCUAUCCUAGCCUUAACCAUCAAGAUUAUGGAACAGUAUCUGACUCUGGAUCAAUAGUUAGAGCCUAUUCCUACUGACUGUGUAUACGGAGGGUCUGAAAUGGGACACCCUAUUGGCCCAGGGCCAAAGGUCCGGUGUUUAUGGCUUCCUGAAAAGGUUGCUACCCCCUUUUGAAUUGUUAAUAAGCAGAAUCUGAGUAUUGGUUUUCACUCGGUCGUACCGGUUGUGUCAUCUGUCAAAGUGGUGUACUUUAUAUUGGUGUUUUAUUAAGGGAACUUUCCCUUUUAGAAGGAAUACUUAGAACCAUCAACCAUAAUAUACAAUACAGUAGGCCAGGGUUAGUCUCAUAAUUCAUUUUAACUUGAAGGUAUUGGUUAUAUAUAUUUUUCAAAAACACCCUUUUGCAUGGUCACAGGUUUUGAGUUAAUAGUGUGUGCAUUCAAGUAUGUUUUCAAGAUUAUAAGACUGAUAUACAUUAAAAUGUUUGCCCGCCAUCAUCCAUCAACUACAAUCAGAACCUUACCUCCAUCUAGUGGUCAUUGGUUGAAACUGCUCACAGCCAGAUAUUAAUGUGUAUGCAUGCGUGUUUAUUUAUUUGUGUGCGUGUGUAUGUGCGUAUAUGAGUGUUUGUGUGCACAUGUGUAUGUGCGUGCGUGCGUGCUUGCUUUCAUGCCUCUGUGUGUGUGCGUGUAUUUAUUUCUCUGUCUGUCUAUCUACACUGCAGGGCAACAGACCUGGUGGUGGUGUCUCUGUAGGGGAGCUGCCGUCUGAGGAGAUCCAUCGGCUGCAGCAGAAGAACAGCAGUCUGAGGGCUGUCAUAGCCCAGAUGAGGAGGGACAUGGAGGAUCUCAGCCAGCCUUCUCAUCCUCCAGGACCCCCUGACACCUCAACCCAGAUCCCUAAAGGACCUCUACCCCAGCCUCCAGCACAGAGCUCAGCCAAGCCAACUGACAGCGCUGCACAGCCAAGCCUGGCAGGUAUAAACACUAUUUACUCACAACCCCUAGAAGCCCCAGACAGUCCUGGAUCCACCCACACCUCAACCCCAACCUGUUGACAGCUCCCUAAAGCACCAGGCCAACAAGUGUCAUCACAAGCAUGUCUCACUGCUUACUCUGUGUUCGCUCACACCGACACCCCUCCCCACCUGCACCACAAACAAAUCUACCAUGCGUGCAUCCCUAACCCCAUACAUCCCUAGCCCCCCAUCCAUUCACCUCCCACCACAAGUAACACCCGCACCCUACCAGAGCCUUAAAAAGCACCCUAUCACCAUCACUACCCCCCAUCAUCCUGCUGGCCCCCAACUAUCUCAAAGCCCAGGCCAACAGGUGUAGACACUAACCCGUCACACAGCCCAGUGCAGACCUGUAAGGAGUGUAUUAAUGUCUACAUAAAGUGUAAUAUGAGUUUUUAUGGUUACAGCUAGCUAGUAAUGGACUGGCUGUGGAGGCAUAAACCUCAACCUUUAGGAAAUAGAGAAGGGUAGUAAUAUAACCGUGACUCAGUCACACCCGCCUGAGUAACCUGUGUGUGUGUGUUUAUCAGUGGUAGGUACCCCAGAGUACACCCAGGCUCUAGAAGAGGAGGUAGCAGAACUGAAGGCCAGGUGUAGGCACUUAGAGGACAAGCUAGAGGGCUCCACCAGACCCCUCAACACUGCCACGGUUACCCCGGCAACCACACUCGUCCCCAUCGCCCCCGACAACGCAUACCUCCAGAACCACAUCCGCUCCCUCAACGAGACCAUCGGUAGGAGGACAUUUCAAUAAUAUACAAUAUAAUGGUACUAGGACAGAGAUAAUGGUAUCGCUUGUCACAUUUGAUAAAGUUCUGACCAGAGAUCUGAGAAUGGUAGUUACUUGUGUUUCAGUGUACUGCUACGCUGAGAAUUAAAAUGAGCAAAAUAAGUUUUAUUUCCAUUCAACAAUGAUGAUAGGAAUUUGUCUUGGUGUUGUAAAUAUAAAAAGCGACAACAACAUAAAACUCAUAGCCAUUGUCUAUGUAAUGUUUACUGCAGGUGGCCUGCGAGUGGAGAAGGUGGCCAACACUGCAGCUCUGAGGAAACAGGAGGUUAGGGUGGCUCACUUGGAGGCUGCCCUGGCCUCGCUCACACAACAGGUACUGACUCUCUCCUUCCCAAAUCCAGCCCUUCUGUAAUUUAAACUUUAGGCACUGUUGUAUUCAGGCAACAAAUUAUGGAUUUCAAAACAGUAUUAGUAGUCAUUGUCCACCCGCAAGCCUCCUCUUUCUCUCUCUCUCUCUCUCUCUCUCUCUCUCUCUCUCUCUCUCUCUCCACACACAGUGCCAUGCCAAACAGAUGGAGGGGGAGGAGCUGCGUCUGGAGCUGGCCAAUCAGAAGAGGAGCUGGUCGUCUGAGGAGACAGGACUACGUCAGCGUUUGGUUGCCGUGGAGAUGGAGCUGGAGGAAGUGAGGCGGGAGAAAGAGGAGUACCAGAAAGGAAGCAUCCUCAACAACCUAGAAACUGUUGCCCUGGGCAACCAGGUAAGGCAGAGUGACAGCUUGCCUUAAACCUAAGACAAUGCAUGUAAAUGGAAACAAAAUGUUUUUGUUGUUUUAGUUCAACUUUACUGGAAUCCUCUGUCAGAUAGCCCACAAAACACUUUCUUAACAAUGACAUUUGAGGUCAGGGUAUUGUCAGCUUAUAAUAACUGACUUUACACUGCCAUUACACAAACUGUUGUUGUGACCAGGUGUCUGCACUGAAGAUGGACAUCGCCAGCAGAAGGGAUCCCAUCGUCUGUGAAGAGGUAAACCAUAGCAGAAUGAAUGACAAGACAUAUAGCAGUGGUUCCCAAACUAGGGGUCGCGACCCCAUGUGGGGUUGCCUGAUAUGAAAAUGUGGUCGCGGGAGAAUUUUCCAAAUUCCUGAAGAAAAAAUAUACAUAUAUAACUAAAUGUAUUAUAAUAUUAUCUUUGUAUCUCAAAACCUUAAAAAUCUAAAUGAAAAUUAUUCAAAUCUAAAAGUUAAAAUUCAACCAGAGAGAGCCCUUAGAUCAUGGGAAAAGGACUCACUUGACUGUUGCACUUGAAUCAUUCCCACAGUGAAUGGCACACACUAUUGCAGAGACUUUGAUAUUACCGGCCGCAAUUCAUAUGGUGAAAACAAUGUGUGGGUGGCAGAGGCACAGAAACUCACAUCAAUGCCUUUGUCAGAUAACACUGUUAAACAAAUAAUUUAUGCUAUUGCUCGCAAUCAUAAGGAAACUGACUGAACGACUCAAACUCCCCAGUUUAUGCUCUCCAAAUUAGCUGUGAGGGCCGAGAUGAGUACCAGUCAAAAGUUUGGACACACCUACUACAUGAUUCCAUAUGUGUUAUUUCAUAGUUUUGAUGUCUUCACUAUUAUUCUACAAUGUAAAAAUAAAGAAAAACCCUUGAAUGAGUAGGUGUGUCCAAACUUUUGACUGGUAGUGUACAUGUCGGGGGAUGCUAUUCCCAAGGACAUAUUGUUUUUUUCUCACGAUUCCCGAGCAUGAAAGGGCACGGGGGAUGUUCAGUGUGCUGCAUGGCUAUAUUGACGAAAAACAGAUUCCAUAAGAUCGAAUGGUGGGCUUUUGCACAGAUGGGGCUCCAUCAAUGGCGGGCAGGCCUCUGCACUCUAGUUAUGAAUGUGUCUCACUCUGCCAUAUGGACGCAUUGUAUGAUGCUCCCUUCCCUCGGCUGUGCAUUUUCCUAACAGAAAACAGCAUCAGUAAGAGUCCCACACGAGUGAUGACUGCUUACCUCCAAUGCUUGGAAGAGCACUUUGGGACCUACUUCCCAAUCCGUUUGACUGUGAUCCUGGCUCAGUUGACAUGCCGGUAGGUGAAAUCAAAUGCAUUCACGGGUCACUACAGAGGAGUUUUGGUUCCUAACUCAAAGGGAAUAAUACCCUGCCGUCUGCCUCUGUGCAUUAAUGUCGCGUUCAAAACAACUGGGAACUCGGAGCUGGGAACUAGUAAAUAUCCGACUUCCGACUUCAGUGCGUUCAAGACAACUGGAAACUCUGAAUAAAACGAGCUCCGACUGGGAAAAAUAGUUUCGGCAUUCCAACUUCGUAACUUGGGCCUCUUUCUAGAGCUCUGACUUGACAACCUAAAGAUCACUGACGUCAUGAUCAGACCUCUUAUUUUUCAGAGUUCCCAGUUGUCUUGAAAGCACCAUAAAUCUCAUGGUACCCUUCACCAGCUCAUAUCUGUGUGAAGCUGGAUUCAGUGCUCUCGUCUGCACUAAAAACCAAAUAUUGAUCCAGGUUGGAUGUGACAGCAGAGAUGAGGUGUGCACUGUCGACCACGCCCCCUGACUUUGAGCAUCUCUGACGUGACAUGCAUCAAGCGCACCCCUCUCAUUAGUGGUGGUGAGAUAAGAUACAUUAUGUCAGACUAAUUUGCAGUUGACUGUCAUAGCUCCACAUUUAAAAUUAUGUGAUGGUGAGUUGAGAAAACAAUCAGAAAUACUGUUAAUGUUUUUCAAUUGACUGCCAUAGCCCCAAAUAAAAAAGUAAACAUUGGCUGUUAAUUACAUACAUUUUUUCACAUGGUUGGGGUCGUGAGAAUUUUCAGAUAUCAAAAUGGGGUCGUGGGCCAAAAACGUUUGGGAACCACUGACAUAGAUGAUUAUAAACACAGAGUGUUGGGUGGAGAGAGUGUCAGUGAGUCUAUGUUCCAUGGUUUUGCUGUGUCUGUUGUGUCCACUGUCCAUAUUAAUGUUAGAAACAAGCAGCCCUAUGUUGUCACCCAGAAUCACAUUUGUUUAUUUUUCAAGCUAUAGCACACAAUAUUUGACAUAAAGCAGGUUUAAAAAGGACUAAAGAGUUUAGUGUGCUUCGUGUUUUUUUUUUGCCAUGGAAAAUCAGGUAUUGUAGUAUCGCGAUAAUGGUAUCAUGACAACCCUAGUCCAUAUACACUUAUCUUUCUCCCUAUCCCUCCCUCCCUCCAGAGUGAGAUGGUGAGGCAGCUCCAGGAGGAAAACCUGUGUUUGAGGCAACAGCGGCUGUCCCUGGGCCUGAGGCCUGGUGGGGCAGGCGGGUACGGGCCAGGGUGUGGGGGGGUACAGGGGGGUAAGCGCAAUGCCCCUCUCAGUGCCCAUCUCCUACAGUCCAAACUGAAGCAAGCAGUGCACUGUAUCGCCCGUCUGACCAGAGACAAACAGCAGCUGAUUGAGAUGGGCAACAGGCUCCGGGCACAAGUGACCGACGCUGGAUUGGAGGGUAGGACUGACGCACAGGAGGCUGCUGAGGGGAGGACAGCUCAUAGUAAUGGCCGGAAUGGAAUAAAACACAUGGAAACCAUGUUUGAUGUAUUUGAUACCAUUCCUCUAAUUCCACUCCAGCCAUUACCACGAGCCCGUCCUCCCCAAUUAAGGUGCCACCAACCUCCUGUGGACUGACACUACUAUACAUACUGACAGCAUUGUCAUUCACUACUGCUUAACCAUACCAGAGAAUUAAAAGAUACAACCCUUUAGUUUACUCCAAUUAGGGUAGACUCCAAUUAGGGUAGGGAUGGUUAGGGUAGGGAUGGUAGGGUAGGGAUGGUUAGGGUAGGGAUGGUUAGGGUAGGGAUGGUAGGGUAGGGAUGGUUAGGGUAGGGAUGGUUAGGGUAGGGGGGGAAAAGUAUAGAGAAAAAAAUGAUAAGGAGGAUUAGAAAUGAUGCAAACAAUUAAAACUACACUCUAGAACCUACAAUCUAUCUGCAAUAUUAAAGCCGAUCAUAUUACAUAAUGGCAGCUAGGCUAUAUAGACCAGAUAUCACAUAACCAAUACAGCAUUAUGACAGCUUAAUCCCACAGACUAUUAACCUAUUUUUAACUAGCCAAUGAUAACAGUCUAAUGUACACUCAUUUGAUUGGCCAUGUUAUGAUAACAGUAUAAUGUAAACUCAUUCGAUUAGUCAAAUUGGCUUUGCAGGGAAAGUGUAAACAGGAAGUACAGCUGUGCUGUGAUUGGUCCGGUGGUGUGGUCCGGCUGUGUUGUGAUGUUGACAGGGACAGGAAGUAUUCUCUGCCGUGUUGCUCUUCCACCCCGCCGUUCUCCCUGAUCCCUGCUGCCCCACAGGAUUAUGGGGGAUUCAGCAGAGAUCAAACGCAGCCCCAGGGGCCGGAGGAAAAACACAAACACCCUGGAUGCCUCUGCUCUCUCUCACACACACACACACACACCAAUGGAAGCUGCUGAGGGGAGGACGGCUCAUAAUAAUGUGUUUGAUACCAUUCCAUUCACUCCAUUCCAGCCAUUUAUUAUGAGCCGUACUCCCCACAGUAGCCUCCAUUGACACACACAUACGUAUGUACACUUCUCUCCGUGCUAUUUUCUCACACUUAUAACUCUUUCUCUUGUUCUCUCUCUCUCAGUUCUCCAGUCUGCUUCCAAAACCUCUCUAGCCCCAGUGUCUAUGGAGCCAGAGAGAGACCCAUCCAGAGACACCCAGCACCAGCAGGGUCGACUUUCUGCCCUAGAACAACUGCAGUACCAGCUCACCACACAGGUCUGACCCCUUACCCCUUGAUGUCAAUGAGACAGCAGUGUGAAAGCUACAUUGUCGUAUCUCAGGUUAGGACUGCAAUGUAGAGCAGUACUCUGUGUGACCAUCAGAGGGAGCACCAGAGUAAACCAUGAUUCUCUUCAGGAGCUGCAGUAUGCCCAGAGAGAGCAGAGGAAGGGGGCUCCUAUCAUGGUGAGGCCUCUCCUCUCAGAGAGCAAGAAUGGAGACAGAGAAAGGGUCACCAACCCCUGGGGCCAUGGGCACAAGGACACAGCCAGACAUGAGGUAACAACAGUAAUGUCUGUCUACACUGUCUGAUACCACUUGACCUGAGGACCAAUGCUGCAAGAGCUUGGCUUCUCAACUCAUUUGAUCAAUAUAUAGAGUUGAGGUCUGGCCAUAAAGGCUUAUUAAAGAUGCAGAAAUGGCUAUGCCAUUUCCUGGUUACUAAAAUUAUAAUACUUAGCCUAAUUUCAGUUUAUGUUACUAAACAAGCAAGUAUAGUGUAGAGAAUCAUUGUACCAUCUAAACCGCUGUAAAAUAUAUUUUCCAUAACCAAAAAUAUUGUAUUUUCAGCUGUUUGAAGCUGGUGUACAAAACGAAAGUAAAAGACGCAAAAACUCAACUUAAGAACGGGGAGCAUACAAAUAGCGCACAUAGAACAGAUCUGCCGCUUCUUAGACUUGCUUUUAAUGAGAAUGACAGAUCUAUAACAUACAUUUCUAUGUGAAUUUGGUCCGAUCCCCAAAAAGUUACAUAUUGCAGCAUUAACUAUAGCAACAGAGAUAAAUGUCACUGAAAUGAUACUCAGCUUUAGAAUUCUGUGCAAAAUUAAUAUUAUGGGCUCCCGAGUGGCGCAGUGGUCUAAGGCACUGCAUGCAUCUCAGUGCUUGAGGUGUCACUACAGACUCCCUGGUUCGAUUCCAGGCUGUAUCACAACCGGCCGUGAUUGGGAGUCCCAUAGGGCGGCGCACAAUUGGCCCAGUGUCGUCCGGGUUUGGCCGGUGUAGGCCGUCAUUGUAAAUAAGAAUUUGUUCUUAACUGACUUGCCUAGUUGAAUAAAUGUAAAAUAAAAAUUAACACCUGAGUAAGAUGUUAAGUAAAACAAAGACCAUGUCUUCACUUCUUCUAUCUCUCUCUCCUCUUCCUCAGCGUCCUAGGACUAAAGAGAACACCCCUCCUCCUCCUCUCAGCCAAUCCCUGAGCUCCCUGCGGCUGGAUCUCGGGUCACGAACCGCUUCCAGCCCGUCAGGUCCUCUACUGCUGUCAUCGGUGGCUACCGAGGGUUCACUAAGGGAGGUGUGGCAGAUACUGGACAGAGGCCUCAGCCCCUCCAUACUCACACCCCGGGAGAGCUGCUCUGAGAGAGGUGAGAGUUUACCUGGAGACAGUGAGGUGAAGGUAUUUGUCUAAUUACUUGUCAGUGCUCUCUCUCUCACUCUCCUCUGUGAGUCACACCAUUAUAAACCAACUUGUGUGUCUGCAUUCUAUUGGCCAUUUAGCACUUAGCAGAGUAUCUGGUACAGGAAGUCCAGCAUCACUCUUUCAUGACACACACACCAAGGUUAGCGACAACUGCCAAGUCACUAUUUGUAUGAGAUGAUGAUAAUAGUGUUUAUCAUUUCACAUAGCUGAGGUUUAAGUAAAGACAGAGUUGCAGUCUGGCCACAGAGGAGGGAGUUUGCCCAAUUGGUGGCCUUGUAUCUGUCCCAAAUAGCACCCUUUUCCCUAAUGCACUACUUUUGACCAGAGCCCUAUGGGCCCUGGACAAAAUUAGUGCACUACAUGGGGAAUAGGGUGCCAUUUGGGACGCACACUUGUGUCUGGGGCCAGAUCACAGUGGUGACGGGGUGAAGGCUCUGACCAGGGACUCUGUUCUGCACUGGGAACAGUUUCUCAAUCAGUGGACAGUGGAGCCACUCAUGGGUUAGGUCUGGCUCUGUUGACACCGGUGUUGUUUGCAGAGCCCAGUGCACUGGCCAGGCCAGGCUGGCACACACAGCCACCGCCUGCUAGAAGAAGUGCUGACUGAUAGCCUGGCUCUAUUGCUGUGUGUUCAUAUAUGUCUUGCCUCAGCAGCAACCACUGCAACAGGUCACAGAUGGUAGUGAAGGUCAUCCAACACAGUGUGUCCAUCUUUCAGAUUAGAUUUAGAACAGAGGCAUUGCCUCACAGUUGGCCCAGCAGUAGACUGCCAAGUGUUUCCACAUUAUGCUGAGUAAACGUUGAGAAGAACACCCACAUAAGGCAAUCACGUGUCAGGAGAAUGGGGCUGGGGAGGCAUGCAACACGUGUAUACCACCAGAGACUUCAACAAAGAGGGUUGUGGUAGAUACCAAUAUCAUAAUUGCUGGGUAAACGAUGAAGAGGAAAGCAAUCUUUAGACGCAUUGGUAUAGAUAAGCAACGUUCAUAAAGGUGUGCGAGUUGAAUGAGAUUGUUACGAACACUUACUUUACUUAGUAUUUAGUACUCUGUCAGGAGAGGAGAUUGGUAAUCAUGGUGUUGUACAGUAGUAUAGAUAAUGGAGAUGUUGGUGCAAAAAGCCUCUGCCUCUCCGUGCUGUGGAGAGAGAUUCAGAAAGGCACAAUGUGAGCUCUGUCUCUACCCAGCCAUGCAGGCUCUCUGCACUGCAGACACUUUCGGUGGCAGUCCCUUAGGCCUCAUCCUCGCAGAUGCUUUCAGUGCUGCCCGGUACAUUGUGUUCAACCUCAAAUACCUUGCAGGGGGUUGGAUUUUACAGCCAGCAGGCUUUUCAUAGCUGACAUUUUGAAAGGCGUCUCAGGUUGGAAAUAAUGGCCUUGGACUGCUUGACCAGGCAGCACUGAGUCUGAGUGUGUCUGUGUAUCUCUGUGGGAAUGAGCCCUCAUUCACUGACUGUUUGGAACUGAAGGAGACCGGCACUGUACUGCAACACACUGUCUCACUCACUGUCUCAUUCUGCCCAUGUAACAACCUUUUACAAGGCUGGAAUUGAAUUUCUACACAUCUGCACGCAGGUGAUGGUGAGCUGACCAGGUGUGAGCUGAGUGAGCCCAGCCCUGGGGGCCAGGCGAGGGGGGUGAAGGGGUGCAGAGCACCUGUCCUGGAGAGGAAGAAACCAGCCAGGCCGUCUGCCACCGCCAGGAAGACCAAGACUAGUGCAAGGGGGGGCAAGAUCAGGAACUACAAUAUCAAAGAAUGA